AUGAUUGGCCAACAUCGAGCUGUCCCCCUCCUCGCAAGAGCUACUAGGUGUUUGAGAAAAGUACCGGAAUCUCUAUCAUCUCGGCCGUAUGCUUCCCUCAACUUGUGGAAAAAGGAAAUCACUCCCGAGGAUACCGAUUUCCAGGUUCUGUACAUUCACCUUACUCAAACAAAAAUUUAG